AUGUUUUCUAAAUUGCUGGCUGUAUGUUUUGUGCUAUGGUUUAUUUACGAUCAAUGGAAAUCCAGAAGGAUAUUGAAACUGUCCCGGCAGUUAAGAAAUAAGUAUAAAGCUUUCCCGAUUGUCGGACAUGCUUACUUGUUAAUCGGUUCUGAUACAGAACGUAUGAGCUCAUUUAAGGCUUUAGGAAACGAAGCGAUAUUAAAUGGAGGCAUAACAGGGGCUUGGUUGGGCCGUCAUUUCUACAUUGUUGUAUCAGAUGCAACCGCUGCCGAGAUAAUCUUAAAGACUUGCUUGGACAAACCUGAAAUUAUGGACAUAAUGCGUAAUUUUACUGGCAAUGGAACUGUCUUUGCACCCAUAAGUAUUUGGCGACCCCGGCGUAAGAUCCUUGCUCCGAGUUUCUCUACAAGAAAUCUGCGACAAUUUGUUGAAGUUUUUGCCAAACAGAGCAAUCGCCUUAUAGAGAAUCUAAAACCAGUAGUGGGCAGAGGCACAAUUUCUAUUUCAAAAUAUAUAACUACCUUUACCAUGGAGUCAGUAUGUGAGACUGUAUUAGGAGUGGAAAUGCAAAAAAGAUCAAAAAACGCUAUUUACAAACUAACACCUACUUACACUACGUACUAUAAGCAUAUAAAGACCGUUCGGGAUAUCGUCGAUCGGGUCAUUGAAUCUAAACAUAAAUUUGUUAAGAAAAUGAACGACAUGUCACAAAAUAAUGGUAUGGUCGGUGCGACGAGAGAAUACCCGAAAACGUUUCUAGAGAUACUUAUGGACUCAUCUUAUGAAAUUAGUAGACUCACAGACGUGGAGUUAAGAGAAGAAGUAUUAGUUCUUGCAUUAGCGGGCACUGAUACUUCAGCAGUUGGAGCUUCGUUUGUAUUGUGCAUGCUUUCACGCUAUCCUGAUAUUCAGGAUAAAGUUUAUAACGAGUUAUUUGCAAUCUUCGGGGAUAGCGACAGACCCGUUCUGGCAGAUGACCUUCCGAAACUCAAAUACUUGGAAGCUGUUAUUAAGGAGACGUUGAGGCUUUAUCCACCAGUACCUCAUAUUAUCAGAAAGGUUGACAAAGAUUUAACGCUGCCGUCCGGCAUCACAUUGCCUGCAAAUACUGGGGUCUUCGUAAGUAUAUGGUCGAUACACCGUAACCCUAAGUACUGGGGUCUCGAUGCCGAAAAGUUUGACCCUAACCGUUUCCUGAAUGGCCAUAAGCACCACCCUCAUGCUUUUAUGCCUUUCAGCAAUGGUCCACGAAACUGUGUUGGCUAUCAGUACGCGAUGAUGUCGAUGAAGACGGUGUUAGCUACGUUGCUGAGAAACUAUAAGUUCCUUCCAAAGGCGAUGUCUUGUGAAGCUGAUUUGCAGACACCGUUAACUGUCAAGUGUGACAUCAUGUUACGGGAUUCGGACGGAUUUCAGUUACAGUUGGAAACAAGAAAUAAAUUUAUCCCUAUGUAG